CCCGGCGUGGCGGGCAGGGUGGGGCGCGCGCCGCGGGAGCGAGCCUGGCCUCCCCCCGGGCCGCGGAGACUGUCGCCCGGCGCCGAGGUUCCCAAUAAGGCUGCACGGAGGACCCCCUUGACCGUGGCAAUGGAGGGGGGCCCAGCGGUCUGCUGCCAGGAUCCUCGGGCAGAGUUGGUGGAGCGAGUGGCAGCCAUCGAUGUGGCCCGCUUGGAGGAGGCAGAUGGUGGCCCCGGGCCUGCCAGGAACGGCGUGGAACCCCCACCACGGGCCAGAGCUGCCUCCAUGAUCCCCGGCAGUGCCUCAGGACUCCCCCUGCCCCGACCCAGCCUCUCCACCAGGAAGCUGUCCCUGCAGGAGCGGCCAGCAGGAAGCUGCCUGGAGGCCCAGGCUGGGCCUUACACCACGGGGCCUGCCAGCCACAUCUCCCCACGGGCCUGGCGGAGGCCCACCAUCGAGUCCCACCGCGUGGCCAUCUCGGAUGCAGAGGACUGUGUGCAGUUGAACCAGUACAAGCUGCAGAGUGAGAUUGGCAAGGGUGCCUACGGCGUGGUGAGGCUGGCCUAUAACGAAAGUGAAGACAGGCACUACGCCAUGAAAGUUCUUUCCAAAAAGAAGUUACUGAAGCAGUAUGGCUUUCCACGUCGCCCUCCCCCGAGAGGGUCCCAGGCUGCCCAGGGAGGACCCGCCAAGCAGCUGCUGCCCCUGGAACGGGUGUACCAGGAGAUCGCCAUCCUGAAGAAGCUGGACCACGUGAAUGUGGUGAAGCUGAUCGAGGUCCUGGAUGACCCAGCUGAGGACAAUCUCUAUUUGGUGUUUGACCUCCUGAGAAAGGGGCCGGUCAUGGAGGUGCCCUGCGACAAGCCCUUCCCGGAGGAACAGGCUCGCCUCUACCUGAGGGACAUCAUCCUGGGCCUUGAGUACUUGCACUGCCAGAAGAUCGUGCACAGGGACAUCAAGCCAUCCAACCUGCUCCUGGGGGACGACGGGCACGUGAAGAUCGCCGACUUCGGCGUCAGCAACCAGUUUGAGGGGAACGACGCCCAGCUGUCCAGCACGGCCGGCACCCCGGCGUUCAUGGCCCCCGAGGCCAUCUCCGAUACCGGCCAGAGCUUCAGUGGGAAGGCCUUGGAUGUGUGGGCCACUGGGGUCACGCUGUACUGCUUUGUCUAUGGGAAGUGCCCGUUCAUCGAUGACUACAUCCUGGCCCUGCACAGGAAGAUCAAGAACGAGGACGUGGUGUUUCCUGAGGAGCCAAAGGUCAGCGAGGAGCUCAAGGACCUGAUCCUGAAGAUGCUAGACAAGAAUCCCGAAAGGAGAAUUGGGGUGCCAGACAUCAAGUUGCACCCGUGGGUGACCAAGAAUGGGGAGGAGCCCCUUCCCUCAGAGGAGGAGCACUGCAGCGUGGUGGAGGUGACCGAGGAGGAGGUGAAGAACUCAGUCAAGCUCAUCCCCAGCUGGACCACAGUGAUCCUGGUUAAGUCUAUGCUGAGGAAGCGUUCCUUUGGGAACCCGUUUGAGCCCCAAGCACGGAAGGAAGAGCGAUCCAUGUCUGUUCCAGGAAACUUACUGUUGAAAAACGGGUGUGGUGAAGGCAUCAAGAGCCCGGAGCUCCCUGGUGUCCAAGAAGAUGAGGCUGCGUCCUGAGCCCCUGCAUGCGCCCAGGGCCACCCAGCAGCACGCUCAUCCUGCGCCUCCAAAGGCCCCUGCACUCAUGCCGACAGCCGCCCCUGCGGGCAGGGGGCUGGGGACUGUGGACCCUCUCCUGGCUCCCCUCCCCCCGUCAUGCUGCAUGACCUCUGCGCGUGUCCAAGACAGGAUUGGAAUGUGUGUCAUCUGGGGUUUGGAGGGCAGGGCUCCCUCGAGCCUUUCUCCUAGUCUUGGCUCUCCCCAUGGAACCCAUGGCUCAUCGGCAAGGCCCAGAGGCAGAAGGCAAGAAACCAAGAUGGCAGGAGGAGGCUUGGCUUACCACCGCUGCAGAGACAUCCUGCUGGGGCUGGGCAGGCCGGGCUCAGAUUCCACACACAUGGAGGGGUGUACCCUGCCACCUCGGCGGGGCGGGGGGGCGCUGCCAGAGCUGGAGUCUGCUGAGAACACUGGUGUGGAGUCUCUGAAUCCUUGAUGGGUGUUCCGGGGCCUCUCUGGGGCAGGGGCCAGUAUUGGAGAAUUCAGAUUCUCGUUUUGUUGUCUUUUGCUUUUGUUUUUAACAUGGGGGCAAGGGGCUACAAAGACCUGCUUGGGAACAGCAAAUGACCUCUCCAAAGCUUUGGGCGGUUCCUCGUGCACCCCACCCUUAUGUGCAGCCAGGUGAGCUGAACUGACCUUGCUGGGUUGUGUUUCACACCCAGCGCCAGCCAGAGAAAGGGCUGAAUUCAACUCUGAGCUGAGACCUGAGCCAGGAACACGUCUUCCCUGCCCGCAUCACUCCCUCUGUGGCUCCUCAGAGCCAUGGCUGCAGAAGAGACACCAGGGGCCAACAUGGCGAGAGAGCCCUGGACUCACAGGGCCGUGGCCUUGCAGAUGCUGAAGUAACUGGAACCCAAUCUCCAAUCCCGGAACCGGCUUCCCCAUCUGGGCCCAGAAGCUGUCCUCACAUUCCUACGAUGAAGGACCAACUGCCCACGGUGAAGGCCGCCCUAGAGUGGGGCCUUGGUGGGGCGUGCACGCGGGCAGGCGGCCACGGAGAGGCAGGCCUCCCGCCACUGCCUCACCCCGGGACAGUCGCCGUCCAGCCUGCCCCGAGCUGGAGGCUGGAGUGUGUGUGUGUUGCCUCGGCCAGGCCGGGGCAGACGUACUGGUAUCCGUGGGACUACUCGAUGGCUUGGUGUGCGCUGGCCAAAUGCUCAAGAGAUUGACCUCCAAAGGAAAGCAAAGCAGGACUCAGAUACCUCCCCUGAAAACGUGGGCCGAACAAGGGGUGACCGUGGCCGGCGUGGGUUUCAUCUCACAAGAGGACUUGUGCCGAGAAGGAAAGGGAGGCUGGGCCGGAGGAGGGUCCCCUGCGCAUCUCCGUGCCUGUGGGUGUCUGUCGCGCCUCCGCACACGCAUGUGCGUGCCCAUCUGCUGCACAGCACACUCGCAUGUCUUGCACUGGCACAUGCAUCUGUAAUAUAGUUUCUAUGUCUGUUUAAGACUCUGAGCAGCAUGUGGCCCGUUGUCACUGGGUCCACGUUCCUCCCUGGCUCCUCUCCACCAGGCAUUGUAACCAGGGCUUAAGGAAACGGUUCGGGACUGUUUUUGAGAACGCUUUCAUAGAGUUCAUGGGAGGCCGGUCACCGACCCGCACGCUCUUUUUGAGCAUCUCUGCGCUGGGGCCUGGCGGGUGGGGGUCUCAAGGGGGCGACGUCCAUCGGACUUGCCCUCGCAGAGCUCCAAGGUGAGCCUGGCUUCGUUGGCCAGGUCACAGCCUGGAUGGCGGGCUGACCCCACCGCCGUGGGUUUGGGUUGGCCUCGUUUUUGAAUGUAGCACAAGUGAUGAGUAAACUCCAUUAAGAGUGUUUUAAAAAUUAACUUCUCAGGAAGUGAGUUAAAAACAAUAAAAGCCCUUUCUUGAGU